AUGGCAUAUCAAGACCCCGAAGUCGCCGCGUUCCAGGAAGGCGAUCUGUUCGAGCACGAGAGCGGGAAGCGUCUUAAGCUCGUGUAUCGUGAAGUCAAAAUUCAGGGUCGUCAAGACACCCACCUCCGUCCAUACAACCCACCCCGGGAGAGUCUUCUAUUUGAAAGAGCCGAUGGCAUUGUCGACAAUAGCAACUGCCUGCCGAAUUACGGUCUAGCCACUGGUCCUAGGGAUAUGGAGAUGCUAGUUGGAGUCGGGACAGAUGGGGCCGAGAAAUCAGGAGAGCCAUGGAAGAAUUUCAAGCUUCUUCGACCAAAGCUCGGCUCUGACGCCGACGGGACGACUGAAUACGAGUCCUUAGGCACUCUAGAUGAAGUCCGCACCAAUUGGAACAAUAGAUGGUCAGCACGGUCCAAGCCAGGAGAAGGAGAUACAGCAGGUCCGUCCGGCGACGGUGAUGGGAACAAGGCUCGAGGCAAGAACAGCACAGGUCGCAAGCGCAAAUCAAUGCAGGCUCCCCCUCGUAAGACUUCAGCUAGAGCAGGAUCCCUAGCUGAAAGUGCUGGGUCUCGACGGAGUCAGUCUCUAGGAGGCAUGUCGGCACAGCCGCAGGCUCUAGCGACUCAUGAGUCUCUCCUUGGUCACGGCACUCCUGGCGCUUUUGGCACCCAUGAGCAGCACGGAAAUCAAUCCACAUACAACGCUCAGCCGUCCUAUCCGCCUCCUGUCUCUCAAUACAAUAAGCAGUAUGCAGGAAAUCCUGCCUUUCAGCAGAAUACAUACGCCAGCACAAUCAAUCCCAAUGCUUCUACCCCCUACAACGGCCAUCAAGCGCAAGUACAGGAGUAUCCACAGGCUAUGCAGCAGAUGCCUACUUUUCCGUACGGCACGACCCCGAACUACAACUUCGGCGGUGGCAUGUUAGACGGAUCACAGAUGCUUCAGCAGCCGAACUCCGCAUUUGCACAGCAGAUGCUCGCUAAUCAGCUACCAUACGAGCAGCAGACCCAGCCCUGGCCUACUGGCGAGCAAACUCAUUGGCAGCAACAAUGGGACAACGGCAAUGAUCCUGGCGAUGAGACAGUCGACGAGCUUGAUGAGCAUCAAUUCUUGUGA